AUGGGGGUGAUUAUGCACCCUGCAGCUCAAUGGGGGCAUCCUUUUGUAUCUUAUCAAAUUCGAAUGUCCGGGCUGCAACCAACAACUCCGGCAUCGUUAGCCGACACGCCCUACUACUACCCGAAGGAUCAUACUACGUCCAUUGUCUACUUGCAGCAGCCAUCACUAAAAAACCAGGCUGCAGGCGCCGAGGCUUGGACAAAGGAAAUAAUUCAAAUCAAUGAGUCUUCGGUGACUCUAGGAAGAGUCACCUAUCGUUACUGUCUGAUUUGGCGCAUGAUGCCCUCAAGCCGUGCCAAAGUCAACGCUGACGGUCCAAGUCACUUUUGGAAGCUUUUCAUAGGUGAACAUCAAGCGUCUCAGCGAUGCAAAACACCAACUGUAGCCCCAGUCAAGGCUUCUCAAAAGAACAAGUUCUUCGACCAUGAAAUCAUGGAAGGGUGGCCGAGUUGGUUAUGGCGCCAGGUUAAGGUCAGCUUAACAUCUGUUUCCUGGUGGGGCAACCCGCGCGAGUUCGAGUCUCGUCCCUUUCAAAUACCUUUUGCGCUACGGCCUGAAGAGGAGUUCAUUAUGUGCCUUAUGAUCGUGUGCCAACGGCCUGUGUAUGAAAGUCCAUGCGUAAUGUUGAUGAAUCACCUAUCUAGCCGUGUGUGGCUUGCUGGAAAGAUGGGUGUUGUUGAGGGUGAGCACGUGAGUUGUCGGUCAACCAGAAAUGCCGCGGCGUUUAUCCCAUUUACGUCAGGCGGCACGAGCGUGGCAGUGCAAGCUGCUGAUCGGAUCGCGUUAGUGUUAAGUCAGAUCGACUUGGGACCAACGCGGGGAGCUGCAUCGGCUAGGAUUGUGGGUGGCUGGGCAAACAGGAAACAUAACGAAGAGGGUGUCCCGGACGACCUUAGUGUGACUGAGCACUGUAAACAAGACGUUCUCUCAUCAUUACAACUCCCCCAACGUCAGAUGGAAGAAGGAGAGGGCCCCCGAACCCCGGAUUUGAUUGACUGGACUCGACCACUGUCACCAUGGGGUGAUGGAGAUUCGAUGACGCGUGCCGCCAACGCCAACGACGAGCCCGAUUUAGAGGCAGAGCAGCAUGUCUCUGUCAGCGCCACCGCCAGCGUGAGCGUGAGCACUGAGGUGCCGCCCUCCGUGUAUUUUACGAUACACCGAAUCAGGCGACUUGUACUUGCAAGCAUUGAUGACCCCUACACCCUAGAUCAGCUCCGUGAGCCUAGGAUGAACUCAUUGGUUGUCCGACCUCUGGUAGAUCGCCUAUACGAUCCUGACGAUCCAACGGUCGUGUACUGCCUCCUCGCCAAUCGGAUUCAGUUUCUCAGACAACACAUUAGCACCGCUCAUCAUACUGUUAAUGUUGCGCGUGCGACUCUCUGCGAACUCGUCGCAAGUCGAGUACUACGUCGAUAUCACGAAGACCACCCAGGCCAGAUAGGCUUACUCAUCCUGGCACAUAUCCUCGUCGAAGGGUUCGACCCAUUCCAAGGUGCUCCCGAGGAAGUUGAGAGCGAAUGCAGGCAAGCCCAGUGGCCUAUUCAGCGUCGAGACGGCCAUGAGAGAAAGCUCACGACUUUGGAACUGGCCAUCAUUUCCGAAAGCAAACUCUUCCUGAGUUCUUCAGCCUGCCAAAGGCUCGUCGACGCGGUUUGGCAAGGGGUCGUCACUUAUACCCCCCUGUCGUUUGUCGACAUCCUCCCGGAUCAUUACGAGUAUGCCUCGGUUUCGCUAUACGAGCCACAUAGGGCACCGUUACUAGACGAUAGACGCCUCAUCGUACCGUGGAUCAGACAGGUGACUGAGCUGUUCCAGUUCGUCACUCUCGUCGGCCUGUAUCUCUUGACAAUGGUAUACCGGAGUAGCCCUACGAUCAGUGGAUGGGAAUGUCUGUUUGCCGUCUACACGGCCGGGUGGACUCUUAACGAGUUCGCGGCAAUCAUUGAGCAUGGCUGGGCAGUCCACUCACAGACUCUGUGGUCUUUUCUUGAUAUCACGUUCAGCUUCAUAUUCAGCUGCUACAUCUUCGCUCGGUUGUAUGACGUCUUGGCGUAUGGUGGCGUCAUCGCUGACGGCUACGGGGUGCAUAUUCUCUGCUUGGCAGCUCCUGUACUACUUACCCGCGUGGCCUUUACGAUCAUGCCGGACAAUAUUGUUUUCAUCGCCAUGCACGCCAUGAUGAAGGAUUUCACCCGCCUAACCUUCAUCUCAAUAUGGUGCUUCAUGGGUUUCUUCCUGUCCCUGCAAUGGCUGAUCGGUAGCAACGAAACGGCGACCAGCGGAAGCGGUCAACCUGCCUUAAACUGGUACGAUACCUGCAAGUGGCUCAUCUGGACGUGGUUCGGCUUGGAUGGCACUGGGAUUGACCGCUCUGAUGAGUUCCACCCCAUUCUGGGGCCAGCUCUGAUGAUUGCAUUUGCAUUUCUUGGCAAUAUCCUCUUCCUCACGAUCCUGGUCGCGCUGUUGAGUAAUACCUUCUCAAAGCUCAUCGCUGACGCGCCUGCGGAGAUCCAAUUUCGACGAGCUGUACUCACCUUCGCCGGUGUGAAAAGCGACUCAAUCUUUGCUUACCCCCCACCGUUCAACUUGAUGGCCAUCGCGAUCCUCCUCCCGCUCAAGUCUGUUCUCAGCCCGCGGUCGUUCCAUGAUCUGAACAUCUCUGUCAUCCGAACAUUGAACGCGCCAGCGCUCCUCAUCAUUAGCGCUCUGGAACGCCGCCGCCUCGCUCACCCCCGACGCGCACGGUCGCAGUCUUUGCUGAACUGGAGCUUCAGUGGGUUCAACCCGCACGGAGACAUUCAGGCCGUUUUCAAGGUGGAGCGAGAGCUGGAGGAAUUGGAUAACCUGAGCGAUGUCGGCUUCGCGGAGAGUGAGCUCGGGUCACGAGUAUCGUGGGAUGUGAAUAGGUCAGGAUCGCGGCGGAGAAUGGCGAGGAGAAGGCGGCCUGGGAGAAUGGUGUCUCCCAUUAGUGUAGUGUUCCCGUUGCCGAGUGUCCAACGGGCUGGGACAAACGAGUUUGAGCCGUUAAUACCGACACAUAUUAACUGUUACGUGGCUUGGUUUGGGGACGGGGAGAUAGGGUUGCAGCGGCCCCGGAUAGGAACUGGCGAUAACCCCCGGCGCAGUUUGCGGUUGGAAAUUGCCAUUUCUUUGUCUUUGCUGUUCAGCCUAGGUUGUUUAUUCUCAGGGGCUGAUCAGGUAAACUACUACGCAAACUCAAAGGCCUAUCCACCGGCUGCCGGUCUGUCCGCCAAGGCAUCUCUGAACAAUGCUGGUGAUGCUAUCCCUGGAAGAAUUAGAAAACAGUGCCAGUCCUUGGAAGUGAUAAUCAAACAAACUUUGCAAACUGGUUCGACUGCGCAUUUCCGAGAAUCUGCGCGGCGGGCGGCCGCACCACACGCCUUCCGCAGGGCAAACCGAGCUCGGAGAAAACCUGCCCAACGUUUAAAUAGCAAAAACCUUGCUGAGAGAUUUCUGUUUGCGAGCAUUGAACCGAGCUGCAGAGCAAUGCACUUUGGGCCUAGUCUCAAUAACUGCACGAGCGUUUACCCGCGGACGUCCACCAAUAAAGAAAUAAUUUUGGAGCUUGGCCACCUCCUAAAGCUUGACUCGAGACGCCAUUGGAGGAAUGUUCGAUCUGAAGUCUCCGUCCUGCACUCCGCAUGCAAGCCCUUCCCUGCACCAAAGCGCAAGGACGAGGUCUUUGGCAAGACCAGCAGACCAGGGAAAAGGUAUCUGUCCCAGAGCUUCGGUUACAACGUCCCUGCCCACUCUAUUCUGUCUUUACCUUCUUCUAUACACUCUUUCAUGAUGGUUGCCUUUCUCCAACUUCUUACAUUCGCCGUGGCAGUCGUCGCAGCUCCGGCCGAGGUUUCCCUCGACGUCGGCCUCGGUGGCAAGAACUGCGAUGGCAAGUUCGCCAGAACCCGCCCUUCUUCCAACUCGCUGGUCGUCGAUGCUUCCGGCAAGCAACCUAACAGCUACCCCACGCUUAACAGCGCCGUCGCCGCACUGAAGAACGUCACCGACGAUCAGAGCAUCUUCAUCAUGCCCGGCACCUACACCGAGCAGGUCCGCAUCCCCAACUACCUCGGCAACCUCGUCAUCCAAGGAUACACUUGCGACUCCCGCGACUACGCCGAUAAUCAGGCCACCCUCACAAACAACCUCUCCCGCACCAUGGCCAACCUCACUAGCAACGACCAGACCGCCACUCUCCGCCUCUGGGGAGAUAACAUCAAGAUUUACAACCUCAACAUUGCCAACACUUUUGGUCAGGCCGAUAAGAAUGGCAUGGCGCUGGCUGUCAGCGCACAGAAGACCAAUCUCGGCUUCUAUGCUUGCAAGAUUACCGGAUACCAGGACACCGUCUACGCCAACGAGGGUAGACAGAUCUACGCAAAGACCCUCAUCAACGGCGCCGUCGACUUCAUCUUUGGACUGCGCGCCGCAGCCUGGUUCGAGAAGUGCGACAUUCAGACCAUCGGAAAAGGCUACAUCACCGCCAACGGCCGCCAUGCAGCCAACAACACUUCAUUCUACGUCUUCAACAAGGCCAACAUCACUGGCACCAGCGGAACUGCCUCCGUCACCCUCGGUCGUCCGUGGAGACCGUUCUCCCGUGUCGUCUUCCAGCACAGCGAGAUGAGCGAUGUCGUUGCGCCGAUUGGCUGGUCUAUCUGGGACAAGACACAGAGCACGGCCAAUGUCUACUUCAAGGAGUUUGAGAACACGGGUCCCGGUGCGGCAGGUGUAAGGGCUAACUUCAGCUCCACGCUUACCAAGGCUGUUCAGGACGUCGAACUUCUCGGCGAGGGGUUCAAGAAGGAGUGGUGGGUUGACGCUUCGUACCUGUAA